GCUCUCAGCCACCAAGUCUACACGCUCCUCCUCCUCCCGGACGGUCGCCGCCCGGCUUCCUGCACUUCGCCGUAGCCGCCGCCGCCACUGCCACCCCGCCUCUCCCGGGACCGUGAGAAGGGCGGGGAGCCCGGCGGGAGGAGGAGCCUGAGGUCAGGGCGGCCCGGGAGUCGCCUGGCCGCCCCGCCCCCGCAGGCCGCGCCCCACCGGCGCCACUGGAAGGGUCGUUUGUAACCUCCCGGAUCAGGGCAGGCAGCAGGGCUUCCAGGCUUGCUUUGGGUCUGAGUUCGCCCCUUACGCAUCCCGUCUAGUUUGGAAUUACCGCCAUUCGAGGCUGCGAGGGGACUGCCAGGGUCGUUUAGCAAAUAAUAAUAACCACCUCCAGGACGACAACUUGUAGUUACCAAGUGCCAGAUGCUGUUUUAAUCGUUUUAUGGGAAGAUCUAAACACAACUUUUGAGCUCCUUCUGUGUGUGGAGCGGGAGGAUCCGAGAGCAAACAGCAGGAGGAGCCUGAAAUACCUCCAGGAGAGUGGUGCCCUUCGGUUGGGCUGAUCUCGGUGGUUUGGAUGAUCCCCACGGGUUCCCUCCCUCCUCUAGGAAGCCUUCCCAGAUGCUUCUGUGGAGGCGCCCCCCACACCAGAGCCCAGCACUGCCUUUACAUCCCUUGUGCUUUGUGGGUGGGACCCAGGGAUGCUCUAUUACUGAUCUACAUCUCCAGCCUUUUUUAUUUUUAUUUUUGUAUUUUGAGACAGUAGGUCUCUAUAUUGCCGAGGCUGGCCUCAUCCUCCUGUCUCAGUCUCCUGAGUUACUGGGAUUGCAGGGAUUAUACUGCAACCAACCAUCUUUUUCACCUUUAACCUGAUGAGAUGUUUCCUGACCACCUACAACCUGUGAACCAGGUCCUAGCAAGACAUGUCACCUGCAGAGGGGGAGAGGGCCUAGAGAGAACCAGGUCUGACUCCACUUGCUGCUUUCUCACUGAGUAGCGGUAGACACAUCGAGCCUUAGCACCCUAGCUCCUUUUUUUUUUUUUUUGCCGGCUCCUCACCGGCGAGGCGAGAGGGCGGGCCCUCCUGCAGCAAGUCAACACUGAUUGGCUCUUGGGGCUUCCUGUCUCCCAUUCUCGUCCUCGGAUUGGCCGUGAGACAUUCAUCCACUGCCCCGACCUACGUGACGUAGGACAAGAGGAGGGGUCGAAAGCAGGAUGGCGGCUGCUACGGCCAGUGUGGGCCGCCUAGAGGAAGAGGCGCUGAAGCGUAAGGAGCGGCUCAGGGCCCUACGAGAGAAAACAGGGCGCAAGGACAAGGAAGAUGGGGAACCAAAGACCAAGCAACUCAGAGAAGAGGAGGAGGAAGGCGAAAAGCACAGGGAGCUCAGGCUGCGGAACUAUGUCCCAGAGGAUGAGGACCUGAAGAGGAGGAGGGUGCCCCAGGCCAAACCAGUGGCAGUGGAAGAGAAGGUGAAGGAGCAACUGGAGGCCGCCAAGCCAGAGCCGGUCAUUGAGGAAGUGGACCUGGCCAACCUGGCACCCCGGAAACCUGACUGGGAUCUCAAGAGAGAUGUGGCCAAGAAGCUGGAGAAGCUUGAGAAGCGUACCCAGAGAGCCAUCGCUGAGUUGAUCCGUGAGAGACUGAAAGGCCAGGAGGACAGCCUGGUUUCUGCAGUAGAUGCCACCACUGAACAAGAGGCCUGUGACUCUGACUGAGGUGUGCCUGGUGCCACGUCUGCCCACCAGGUGUCCUGUAGGUGGAUGCUCUUGGGCAGGGGUGAGGUCUGGGUUCCCAUCAUAUCCAGGUCUUCCUCAGAACUGAGCAGCCCCAUCGAGUCUGACCACCACUGGGUAAAGUUGGCUUCUUGUCUCUUGAGGUUCCCACCACAGGAGCAGGGCAGAGCCAGCAGCUGCUCUGGGACGUGCCUGUGUCUGUACAUAUGUAUGUAUCCCAAACUUUAAAAAAAUCUCUGUAGAGACAAGUAAACCCCUCUUUAUGGCAGAAACCUGUCAAGUGUUUCCUGGGUCCUGAGGUAAUGUGGGUUUGGGCUCUAACCUGGUAGCCACAGAGGUGGAACUUGAUGUGAAUCACCCCUGUGUCAGGCUGGGCUUAUUGAAGGGGCUACAUGGGAAAAACCUUGUGGGUCCAAGACCUGGCCCAGGUUAUGCUCAGUGGUGUCUUCUCAAAACCCCUGGGCAACAGAGACAGGAUCCGAGAGAGUUAUCUUAAGACUUCCCACAGGCGUAGGCCUUGACAUAGUCUGCAGUAUGGCUGAAGGGGCUCCCUCCCUAAUUCUCUGUGGGUCCCUUCAUAGUUUGAGAAAGAGAAGGAAGAGAUUGAGCCCUGCAAGUUUCCAUGCAGGGCCACUUCAUAUUUGAGGCCUUGCCACUGCUUUCCCCUAUUUUGCCCAGCCCCUGGCAGCUUCUUUCCCAACUCUUAACAGAGCUAGACCACAGCUCCCUAGGACAGGGCCCUGCAUGAGGGAGAAGGUCCAUUCUGCUAGAGAGUGGGAUAUGGUAGGCUGGCUUCAUGUGUGAUCUUGGGCCCUGGGCUCCUGAGGUCUUGGCUUGAGGACUGUGACCACUGCUGGGAGUUCUUAUUUGUAACUGCCUGGCUACAUUAGCUCAAUCUCCAGGUGCCGGUGGCCAGCUGAAACUUCAUCUCCUCUAGGAUUGUUGCACCCGUGAGUUUCCUUUAGAGUGUCCCUUGGAGCCUCCUGUUCCUGCUCUAUGUCAUUCCUUUAUGCUGCACUCCAGAAACACAGUGACCCAGCUCUGGCAGGCGGUGCUGAGGACUUGGGUCAUGGAGGUAGAGUGAGUGUAUGAACAGAGACCAGCACACCCAUACAAUAAAUAGAAGCCUAUUGAAAUUAGGCUUCUACUCUCAGAAAGUAAUUCCUGUGUAGAAGAAAAGCAAGAAUCUGUAGCUGUUAGUGAGGGCUUGGAAGGCGUAGGUCGCCAGUUCCUUCACUGAGCUAUGAGACAAGGCCAAAGACCAGGACUCUGAUUCCCACAAGUUCCAGGAAUCAGACAUGCCCACAGUUGUCAGGAUUGGAGGAAGCCUUCCUUUCCAGGAAUGAGGGUGACAAGACUCCUGGGAUUGGGGAUGCUUGUCUGUGGCAGUGAAAGGACUCAGGCAUCUGAUAACUGGGAACUGAGCUUCCACUCAGCACCAGUUCUGAAACUGGAGUCAGGUUAUUCCACAGCAUAAGAGCCCAGAAAGCCGAUGAACAGUAUGCUUCUGAGUUUAUGACUCUGGGUGCCCUGACAGAAAAACUACCCUUAUAUAAGGAAAGAAAAACAAAAACUGCCAUGUAUGACAAGCAUUCAAACAAAAAUCAUAGCUAGGCAUUGUGCACACCUGUAAUCCCAGUGACUUGGAAGGCUGAGGCAGGAGGAUCACAAAUUCAAGGCCAGCCUCAGCAACUUAGUGAGACGCUGUCUCAAAAUUAAAAAGAAAAAAGAGAAGUGAAGGGGACACUCAGUGGUAUAGUGUCCCUGGCUUCAAUCUCCACUGAAGAAGAAAUUUAAAAAGAAACCAAAAGACAAAAUAUGUGAGAGAAUGCAGUGCCUUAAAGAGUAGCUAUCAACCCGAAAAGUCUGAGGAUUUAUACCUCAGGAAAUUGAAAAAGUAAUAUCCUAAAAGCAUUUUCUUUAUUAUCAAAGAGAUAAAAGAGGAUCACAAUAAGUCAAGAACAGGCAUUAAAUGUAACUGACUAGAAAUCUUGGAAAUGAAGAAAGUGGUUAUUAAAAUAAGAAUCUUGGCUGGGUAUGGUGGCAUGUGCCUGUGACCUCAGCUGCUUGGUAGACUGAAGCAGGAGGAUCACAAGUUGGAGGCCAACCUGGGCAACUUAGUGAGACCCUGUCUCAAAUUUAAAAAAUGAGGUCUGGGGAUGCAGCUCAGUGGUAGAGUACCCCUCCAUUUAAUAUCCAUUAUCAAAAAAAUAAUAAAAUGAACUUACCAGGAGGGCUAAAUUGUAGUCAAAAAAAGGAUGACUUGGAAAGUAAAGCUAAGGAGAUCAUGUUGAAGGUAGCGGUGGGAAGUAGAGCCGGAACGUGGAGGCGACUAAGGGCCAACCUUGCCGUGCUGACGGGUGUCCUACAGCUGGCAGGUUUCAGAAACAGCAAAAUCAGAAGAAGAAGGUGGUGGAAGGAGCAGUGGCCAAUCACAUCUGCGUCUAGUGUCAUGGUUUGGAGCUUUCCAGAAUGCAGCCCAGCAAGACAGAAAGAUCAGUGAUAAAAAACAAGAGGCUGAGAGACAUGGAGGGUCGAGUGAGAAGAUCCAGAGUAACAUGGGAUUGGGGUUCAGGAGGAAGAAACCUGCAAAAGUGGCAGAGGCAAUAUUGGAAACAGUGGUAGGGAACUUUCCAGAGCCUUUGAAAAUUAAUCCACAGAUUCCAGAAGAUCAACAAAUCUCAAGCAGGACAAUAAAAAGAAAACUACAUUCACCUGUUCUUGAUUUGAAUGGUGAUUAAUUAGGUAUUUUUACUCCAUGAAUAUUCACUGAGCAGUACUUGUGUUGUUUACUUGUAUGUUUAUUCUAACUUGGCAAGUUUACUUAAACAUUUUUGUAUCUUGUAUUAAUCAUCAAUUGCUACAUACUUACAGAUUACUGCAAAACUCAGUGUCUUAAAAUAAAUAUUUACUAUCCCACAGUAGUGGCCUUGCUGAAUGGUUCUA